AUGGUGAUCCAUGCUGGGUCGAAGAAGGAGAAGUUUACCAGAAAGACGACUGGGGGAGUGAAGAAGUUCCACUGGUAUGCUUGUCGUCGGCUGCAGAGAGGCAAUAAAGACUCAAUGGCUCGUGACGCCAAUACGACAUGUUGCGUCGAGUUCAACCUCAUCAGAGGGGUAAAAGUCCUUCUUCUCAACGAUCUUAGACAAUUGUGUGGGGAAGCGAAGGUCAACGAGUGGGUGAAGCAAACCGGAAGAAGGGACAGCCAACGCCUACCCAUGGAAGAGGAGCCCAUGAAAUACGAAGAAGUAAAUCUGGCCUAUGACUCUGACCAGGGGCAACGCGGGCGAAAGGGGAAGACCUGGCGUCAAGUCCAAAAGGAGUCUUAUGCUCGACGGGGUAUUCCCCUCGGCCAGGAAGCGGCAUCCCAGGGGGAGACAGAGAGCCGAGUCCAAACAGUGGAACGGCGCAUUGACAAUCUUGCGCAAGACUUCAAGGAUUUUAAAGGGCACAUUGACGGUCUUACGGAAGAUUUCAAGGGUUUUAAAGGGGCCCUGGAAUCUAUCGUUAGAGCCAUUGAGAGCACCAAUACGAAAGUCGAAAAGCUCGGUGAAGAUAAACAGGAAACGAAAAACGCAAUAAAGUCACUGGCCGAGGGAAUGGACGAAAUUUCAAGGGGCAGACGCAGUGAUAGUGCCAUUGAUGUCUAA